AUGCCGCGUUCACACGAUCCCUCAUUGGACGCUCUGAUGCACGAAGAGGUGUCGGCGCGACGCGUCUCGAUAUCCGUUGAAGACAUUCGAAAUGCGAUAGACACGUGGCGAAAGAACUCGAAAGAGUCGAAGUCGCGAUGUCCGCUGUUCCCGUUGCCGCAACUCCGCCUUCAGCCGCCGUCGACGAGCCAACAGGGCUCUAGGGCGCCGAGUAUGGCGUCAUUGAGGGUGCCGAGUCCGUUGCUCAAACGAGACGAUGAGCCGAAUUUGGGACAUCGCGGCGAGCUCGAUCUCUCGGAAAAAUACAAUUAUGAUUUGAGCAAGGCGCAGCUCAAAGCGAGCUCGAGGACAUCGGCUCUUCUCGCUGGAUUCGCAAUGGUAUGCCUUGUCGAAUUGCAAUACGAGGAGAACACGCCGAAGCAUUUGUUCAUCAUCUUGGGAGUCGUCACUAGUCUGCUGGUUUCUGUUCACCUACUCGCACUGAUGAUGUCGACCUGUAUUCUGCCAUACAUGGAAGCGACCGGAUGCACACAAGACUCGCCGCACAUUCGACUCAAAUUCUACAUCGACUUGUCAUGGCUCUUCUCGACGUGCGUCGGAUUAUUAUUGUUUUUGGUCGAAAUCGGCGUGAUAUUCUAUGUGAAAUUCGACGCCGUCGGCUAUCCGACGGCCGGCUACAUCACGACGGCGAUUCUGGUGCCGGUCGGCGUCGUUUUUGUCGUGUUCAGCUAUUUGAUCCACAAGAAUCGCGUAUCGCAUUCAUUGGGAAGAUUCAAGGAUAAGGUGGACACAAUGAAACAAUUUCUCGAUGUCGAAGCGAAUUUGCCGAAAUCGGCGUACGGUCAAGUGCGAAAUAUUUGA